ACCUCUCUCUCAUUCAAACGUGUAGUACGAAGCAGGAAAAAGGCGGCGGUCGAGUUACACGGGAUAACCCGGAGCGGGAUGACUGCACCCUCCUGUGGCACGGCGCUCGCGGUCGGGUAUGCGACACGCUGGUAGGGCGGGAGUCGCGGAAAGAGCAGCGGGCGCCUUUGUGUGAGCCGUGCGUGUGUAUGCCGUAUGGUGUUUGAAAGCGGCGGUGUGGAGCCGAAACAAAAGGCAAAGGCUGAACAAUAGGAGCGUGGGGACUGCAGGAGUAGAAGGAGGCGGUGGGGAAGAGCCUACACUCCCCUCCAGCUCCUCUUGUGACAGCCGAGCCGUUCCAUGCAACCAAAGGCACGGAGAGCUUCAGUCAUACGCCGUUCGCCUUCUUUUGAGAUGCGGCGUACGAAGUGAAUGGACUUGAGUACUUGGGGUGGACUUUUAUCUUUGGACAGUGGGUGUCACAGCCAAUGGACUACAGAAGCAGCACUUAAGAGAAAAAUGGACACGAGCAUCUCCAAGGAAAAUUAGUGUGUUGAACAUAAAAGACUGCUUCAUCCUGCUCUACAAACAUCUGGCAGAGUGGUGGAUGGAAAAAAAUGUGCAAACACCUUUCCGCCAAAGCUGGGAAUGGUUAGUAAAGGAGGACCUAACUGUAGCCUGUGCUUCUGGAUCAACAACAGUAAAGCCAACACCAUAAAUGACUUUUAAACGAUACAUGAGUAGUAUUAAUGUCAUCAUCAUUGUAAUGCCCAACUGAAGCCAUAAUGUCACUGCCUGAUUCUCAAUCUCAGGAAGGAAGGCCUCGCCCCCCAGUGAAACCAAAACCUGCUGUACUGUCAAGAACAGGAAUCAAUUACUCCUCAGACAUCAAUCAGAAAGAGGCAAUACCAACCAUGCCAUCUCGUUCCCUCCCCAGCCUUCCAAGUGGAAAGCAUCAAAGCUCUGGGACUGGAAGAGGAAGUGUUGUGCGAACAGAGAGAAAACCAUCAAAUAUAGGGAAAGUUCAAAGAAUUGUUAAUCAGUUUUGCCAGCAAGAGAAAGAAACUGGAAAAUGUCCAAUUGCUCUUACUAAGCCUGAAAAAUCUGGCUGGGGUACAUCAUCUCUGUCCAUACCCAGGAUAAUGCCUAAAAAGAACCACCUAGUCAGUUUUGAACAGCUGGAAAAGCCAAACGAAGAAAAUGAUGACCAGUCCUUAUCUAGCUGCGAGCAAGGAAGUCGUUCUGACUGGAAACCUUCAUUUAUCUUUUUAGAAAAGGAUGCAGAGGUUUUGAAAGUUCCCAGUUUGAUAGCUUUCAUAGAUCCUGAUGGCAAGGAAGUGGAUUCAAGGCCUCAGUCUAACAGUGGUGUGGAGGAACUGAGUUUGACAGCUCUCCCAUUUAUCACAAACUGCAGAGGAGACUGUGGGUGCCUUUGCCACCAAGAACAUCCAGGAAUGGUACUAGUAUGGGUACCAUUAGCUCAGGCAGAGCAGAAACUCUAUGAGGAGGAGAAUGGACAGGAAGAAGACUUGGAAGAUUCUGCUUUGUCAGAUGUAUCAACAAAGGAGGAUGAAACAGUUGGGCAGGUGAAAGGAAAAAUCAAACAAAUGUUUGUGGUCAACAAUCCUCCGGAGGAAGAGGAUCCUUCAAUUUCAGAUAGUUCAGGUGGAGAAGGCUACAACUCCCUCAGUUCCCAGUCUUCUGGAAUUCUGGGGAACUUCAGUGACUGUUCAAAAACAGAUAUUGUCCUUACAAGCUAUAAAAUGAACAGUGAGGAGGAGGCACCGGUGCAGAUAGAAGGCAGUUCGGAAAGUCAGGAUAUUGGUAAACCAGCAGCACAUGGAAAAUCAUUAGAUGGGGAUUCUGUAUAUGAAUGUUCAAUUAUUUUGCCUUCAAGUGGAACAGAGAGUGACCUCUUCUGGGUCAGUAUCAGUUGCAGAGGAUCAGUGGAGCAUCAGCCUGUAUCUGCAGUCAGGAUCCGUAAACCUGUUCGAAGGAGCAAAUUACCUUCUCAGGCUUCUCUAUCAAUUGAAAAGGACAAGGAAGAAGAUGUGCCACCAGCUGUGCCCCCAAGGCUUCCCAAAAAGCCACCCAGAACUGCGUCAGCUUCUAAUGCUAAACAGGUAGUACCAAGGGAGAGCUCUAUGGAAGACACACCUAUACUCAAUGUUGUUGCUGAUGGAAACAUACCAAAUGCUUUACCUCCCAGGCCUUUACCACAUAAACAAAAUAAGGACAAGAAACAUAUGCAACAUUACAAAGAUGAGGAAGAGGAGAUUGGAAGUGACUGGGAUUGCCUUGAAAAUGAAGUACAGGAGAUAAGACUCCAGGACACAGUGAGGCAUGUUUCUAUAGACUGGGAAUCAAAACUGCAGGAUGAACCCCUCUAUCAGACAUACCGGGAGUUUGUAAUCUCAAAAGAGAUCAAGCGUCAAUCAGUUUCAAGGAACAUCAGCAAAACCAGCAUAGACUUUAUAUCAGAUUCCACAUAUGCAGCAGGCACUCACAAAAACAAGAGCAAGACUGGUCCUCCUCAGAGUCUGUUGUGGCAGGAGCUGCCUGCUGUGCGAGAAAGCGGUAUUCUGGCAGAACUAAGCCCUGCAGAAUGUACUCUUCAGGAGAGUAUGUUUGAGGUCCUUACAUCUGAGGCAUCAUACCUGCGCUCCCUCAAUGUCCUCAUUGAGAACUUCAUGGAAUCGAGAGAGUUGGCAGAAACCAUCAUUAUACGUGAGAAGAAGAUCUUGUUCUCCAACAUUACACGUGUAAGAGAAGUCAGUGAGAGAUUUCUGAAGGACUUGAAGGAACGUGUAGAAGACAGCCUAAUUAUUCCAGAUGUCUGUGAUAUCAUCCAUUACCAUAGUCAGCACAACUUUUCUGUCUACAUAGAUUAUGUUCGUAACCAGAUUUACCAGGAGAAGACCUAUACUUCACUCAUGGAGAAGAAUAUGCAGUUUGCAACAGUGAUCACGCGUCUUCAAGAAUCACCACAGUGUCAAAGGUUACCCUUCAUGUCUUUUCUGCUGCUGCCUUUUCAGAGAAUCACCCGAAUAAAGAUGCUUAUUGAGAAUAUACUGAAGAAGACAGAAGAGGGGACUAUUCAAGAACAGACAGCUUCCAAAGCCUUAUCCUCUGUUUCCAAGAUUAUCAAUGAAUGCAAUAGCCAAGUGGGGAAGAUGAAACAAAUGGAGGAGCUGAUUCAUAUUGCCAAGACAGUGGAGUUCGACAAAUUAAAAGCUUUGCCACUAAUCUCCCAAACUCGCUACUUGGAGAAGCGUGGUGAGCUUUAUGAGAUGGUCCGAGGAGGCACCAUCUUUAGCUCCCGACCCAAGUUCAGUCCUGUCUACCUCUUUCUCUUCAAUGACUUGCUUCUCAUAACCAUCAAGAAAAGUUGUGAUCGGUAUGUUGUGUGUGACCAUGCCCAUCGCUCACUUGUCCAGAUCCAGCCAAAUAGUGAUGUGUCUCCUGGAACAGGUUUGGACACUUGCUUCUACUUGACGUUACUUGAGAAUCACCAAGGCAAGAUGGUGGAACGACUCCUGAAAGCUCCUACUCAAUCAGACAUGCAUCGCUGGAUGGCAGCUUUUCCAAAUCCCAACAUUACUGAAAGUAGCACAGAUGAGACAAUAUAUGAUGAAUGGGACUGCCCACAAGUUCAUUGUGUGGAAAGCUACUCAGCCCAACAAGCAGACGAGCUUAGUAUGGAACCCACCGACAUCAUCAACGUGCUGAGGAAGACAGCAGAAGGAUGGUAUGAAGGUAUUCGCCUUUCUGAUGGUCAAAGAGGCUGGUUUCCCGCAAAUCAUGUUCAAGAGAUCACCAAUGAGCACGUCAGACGACGUAACCUCCGUGAGCGAUACCGAGUCAUCCGGGCUGCAGAGCAACUAACCAAACUGAGGACCAGGACUGGCUCUUAGUCCCAGGCUUCUGUCAUCUUAGGGGAACUUGCUUGGCAACUUAACAUGUAAGACACGUGGAGACAUCAUAUUCAGGGGAAUGUUUGGCCUUUCUGCAUGCCUUGGGCGCUGCCACAUUGCCUCCUCGAAGCUCAGUCCAACACAAAAUAAAACGAUUACAGGAACUUCUGGGCUUAGCAGUUUUCACAUUCUCUGGUUUCUUUGAGGAUCUUUCACCUUUCUUUUUUUCUCAGCCACUCUCAAUACAAGGUUUGCAUAUAGAAAAGAGAAGUGAACUGGUAACAGGGUAUUUUAAUAAAAAUCUCUUAACUGUACAAAAGGACAUUCUGAAAAGAAAAAAGAACAUUGUUCAAGACUUGAUUUUUUGGAAUUUUUUUUACACUACAGUUCAUGACUUUGUUUUCCUCAAUACUUGAAGACAUUUCAGUUCUGAUUGCCAUGACUGGGAAAUUGAAAAACGUUUUUUUACAGAACUGUUAACUUCUGAUGUUCUUGUGUGUAUGUAUGUAUGUUUGUAUAUAUAUAUAUAUGUGUGUCUUCUAAUCAGUUGAGCAGAAUACGGUAAGAGAAGAUGUAAAAGUAACGGACACAAAAGGAAAAGUGACGAUGGCUCAUCUAGGCAGCCUGACUCGAGGAGCUGAGCUAACUGAUCUGACUGUGGGUUAAGGUAUUUUAGGAAGUAGUUGACUGUCAGAUGCAGGCCAUCUUGGCUGAUGGAAUGGCACACAAGCCAACAAACACCCACAACAAAAGAAUGCAAUCAGAUCUCCUUAUAUGAUUGAACGCCAUGCUUCUCAUCACCGUAUUUUAUUCACAGUAACAGGAGUACAUUGUAGAUGUCACGUCUUGCUUUCAUGCUAGUGAUGUUUAAUGGAAUUUUGUACUGGUGUUAAAAGUGGGCACCUAGAGUGCGAGGUAUUCCUUGAUAUGUGCCAUUCAUUGGUGUUGUAGGUGUGUAUUCUGGUUAUUACACUACAUGUUUUAAGUGUUACAUAAGAAAACCAAACAAAUGGGCCUCUCUUGAAUUUUUGCACUAUGGCGGACUUGUCCAGCAUUCAUGCUUUUUCAUUUGCUGCUGUCAUCACAGCAGUGACAUUUUUUGCCCUUGUGGUUUUUCAGUUAUGAGACUAUCGAGCUUUACAGGCCUUCAUUUCUCUGUUUGACAAAAUUGAAAAUGAUUUCAAAUCUCAAAAAGUUUCCCUUCUCAGUCACAGAUUUUAUUCAGUGAACUGCACUGUUACGGAUUUUGUGGGCUUUUUCAAAGUCUUUUCAUGUUCUACAUGCUGUUUGAAAUUAAGAUGUAUUUUGAAAUUGCUGGCACUUUCACUCUGCUGUACGGUUACUGAAAUUCUUUAGAAAAACCAUAAAGAGAACUGAAAACCCACACUGUAAGGAAAAAUCAAACCGCCAUCACUUCCUCGUACUGAAGGUUUCACUGUUGGCAAUGUGACUGGCCAUACAAAAAGCACGGUGUCAGUCUCUGUGGAACUCGGCCGAAAACAAGUCAUGACUCAAAUAGCUGCUAACGUCAUUUGCCAUGACUGGCAUGAGGUCCGUGUUAGAUCAUGAACAGCAGCAGACUUGGGUAAAAGAAAGUGGACCUCAGCCUCAUGUACUGUAAACAAAGGCCAAGGCCCCUGACAUCAAACCACAGCUUCCAGCUCCUGCCCCAUGGACCUUGUAUGGUCCUGAGCACGUUGACUGUACCUCCUUACACUCCCAGUAUUGGUAUGUGCAGUGGAGUCCAUGGUGCCCAUUCUUGUUCCCACCUUGAACUGCCCAUCUUUGGCACCGCUGAAAUGUCCUGUAAAUGCCAGUCACAUGGGCCAGUACUGAAUCCGCUUCUUUUGACUCUCAUGAAUGGCUCCAUGAAGAAGUAUUUAAAAUGAAUAAAUAUUAAUGCUGCUCUUAAACUGUAAGUGUCAUGGUUCUUAUGUCACUAAUGACUCUGGCAUGAAGAACAUAAAUGUAUUUACUGUUAAUCCGAAUGAACCUGAAGGAAAUAAACAUUAAUGAAAAACCAGAAGUCUGAACCCUUGAACCUUUUUUUCACAGAAUACCACGUAGUGCACUCAGAAACUGAGAUAUCUGAUGUGGCUUCCAGCCAUCCAUACGCCCAGAUAAUGCCCUCCACAACCUGAAGAUACAGAUGGUAAGAGGGGGCACUCGAAAAGCUUGGCCUUCACCGCUGAAUUUGAGCAGUUUGUGUGUCAAUGUACUGU